AUGCCACAGGCGGUCACCUCUGCCAUUGCUCCAGAGGCACCAGCACCCUCUGGUUGCUCCGAGUCCCACGAUGGUAAAUUCCAGAUUUCCGUCGUCAAUGUGACCUCAUCGGCCAAACGGGAUGUUGAAAAACGUCAACAAGCUGGCAUCCUCACACUCACGCUGGCUAAUGGUAUUCUUACGGACCAAGCCGACCGUACUGGAUACAUCGCCAGCAACUACCAAUUCCAAUUUGAUGCGCCUCCCCAAGCAGGAGCCAUCUAUACUAGCGGUUUCUCUCUUUGCUCCAACAACAGCUUGGCCCUUGGCGGCUCUUCGAUCUUCUACCAAUGCUGGAGUGGAAGCUUCCACAACCUCUAUGAUCGAAAGUGGGCCGAACACUGUGUACCGAUCUACCUUGUCGCCUUGACUGGCGGCGGCGGUGGCAGCCCAGUUCCAACUCAGAUCAGUGAUGGCCAGCCUCAAGUACCUACAAACGUUCCAGUUAGCCAGAUUAGCGACGGCCAGCCUCAGGCUCCCACUGGUUACCCCCCAGUCUCGCAAAUCUCCGAUGGUCAACCUCAAGUCCCUACAGGUGCACCUGUUAUCUCACAGAUCAGCGAUGGCCAGCCCCAAGUUCCCACAGCUGCUCCUGUCAUAUCCCAGAUCAGUGAUGGACAGCCUCAAGUGCCCACUGGUGCCCCGGUGAUAUCUCAGAUCAGCGAUGGACAACCUCAAGUGCCCACUGGUGCCCCAGUGAUAUCUCAGAUCAGUGAUGGACAGCCUCAAGUACCUACUGGCGCACCGGUAAUAUCUCAGAUCAGCGACGGCCAGCCUCAAGUUCCAACUGGUCCCGUUGUUUCCCAAAUCUCAGAUGGUCAACCCCAAGUUCCCACUGUGGUGCCACCGGGACCCGUCAUCACCCAGAUCUCUGAUGGUCAACCUCAGGUGCCCACUGGACCUCUGGUCUCCCAAAUAUCCGAUGGACAACCACAAGCACCAGUUGCUACGGGUAACUUCUCCGCCACUGUCAGUGCUCCACCCACAGAAUUCACCGGCGCCGCCGCCUCCGCCGCGUAUGGUCUCGGUGCCAUAGCUGCCGGUGUAAUGGGUGCGGUUGCUCUACUAUAG